AUGAGUUGGAACGGCACGAUGAUGUGUGACGUUAUGCCAACAAUAUCUGAAGAUGGCGUUGAUCAUACGCAGGUAUCUGGUGAAAGUGGUGAGAUGAGUGGCGAUCAAAAUCGUAUUGAACAAUUAAUGGUGAAUAUGUUAGAUGAACGAGAUAAGCUAUUAGAACAAUUGCAAGAAGCUCAGCGACGUAUUGAUGAUCUCAGUCAGCAUUUAAAGGAUGCUGAAAAGGAUAAAGAAAGUCUUCGAAGGCAAUUCGAUUUACAAACUCAACAUUUGCCAGCUGUUACAUCCUCAGUCAUCAAUCACGAUUCGUUACGAGUGUACAUACUUACGCAUAUGAAUAGACAGAUACACCUUUGUGCGUGA